AUGCCAGAGAGACAGUCACAAGCAGGGCCUAACCUGCAAACACAAACAGAAGAAACAACUCCGACGCCAGUUUUACAUCUUCGACCAAGAAGCGAGAAGGAGAAGCAAAAGAAGAAGUCGAGGUCACAGGUUAGAUGGACUGACGAUGUGGUUGAUAACGAACAUAUGAAUAAGAAGAAGUCAAAGAUCUGUUGCAUUUUCCACCCUCAGCGUGAAUUUGGAGAGUGUUCGAGUGAUAGUGAUAGCGGCUCGAGUGACUCUUCCUCUGACGAAAGUGGCGACGAGAGAGGCCGUCCGUGCAAUCACAAUCAUGACCAUAACCACAAUCAUGAGCAUGAUCAUGCUCAGAGUAAAGGUAAUGGGAAGGUCAAGAAGGCGAGAGAAUCAAGUCCUAAUGCAUACGAGAGACAACCUCAUUAUAAAAUAUGA